GGUUAUGCCAUUUUUGAGGGUACCGCCAUAGACUUAUUGCUCAUACUCUGGCGCUCUAAUUGGCUGCUGCACUUUUGGGGAGGUAUGAUGGGAUCUUCUGACUUGUUAUACAUACUGGAGAGAUAAAUGAGGACGCUUCACGACAGGAUUAAUGAACUUGUCUCUCUUUAUACUAAAAGUUCACCCCUGCUAGAGGACAACUCUGUUAGCGUAGAAUACCUGUUAGACACAAUCGUUUGCCUGUCUUAUGAAUGCAAACUCCCUCAACACAAAAAUGAGAGGAACUGCAUGAAGUUCUAUAAUGCUGUAAAAAAGUAUGUCGACAAGAUUGAAAGUUGUUGGAUAUCAAAGUCGGAAUUUGAAACCAUAAGACUGAUUGGAUCAGGGGCUUUUGGAGACGUAUCAGUUGUUAAGUGGAAAAAUGAUGGAAAGAUAUAUGCUUUGAAAUCUCUCCAUAAGUACGAUAUGCUUAAACGUUCAGAUAGAGCAUGUUUUCAAGAGGAGCGUGAUGUGAUGGUUAAGGCAAUGGUCAGUAAAUCUCUGUGGCUGGCCAAAUUACACCACACAUUUCAGGAUGAAAAGUUCCUGUAUUUUCUUAUGGAUUUUUACAAUGGCGGGGAUAUGCUUACCAUGUUGAGCAAGUUUGACGACAAGAUACCUGAAAGCAUUGUGCAGUUCUACGUUUCUGAAAUGGUCUUGGCCAUUGACGCUUUGCAUCAACUGGGUUAUGUUCACAGAGAUAUAAAGCCAGAUAACGUGUUGCUACAAAGCUCAGGUCACAUUGUCCUUGCUGAUUUUGGUUCCUGUUUAAAACUUGGCGAAAAUGGGCUAGUGAAAAACAAUACAGCCGUCGGUACACCAGACUAUAUAUCACCAGAAAUUUUGCGGGCUUCUGAAGAUGGCCAUGGGACUUAUGGUGUUGAAUGUGAUUACUGGUCUCUCGGAGUUGUGAUGUAUGAAAUGCUCUUCGGCGAAACGCCUUUCUACAGUGAAAAUCUAAUCGAAACUUAUAGUCACAUUAUGAACUUUGAGAAACAUUUUACCAUUCCGACUGAUUGUGUAAAAAUUUCCGAAUCAGCAUGUGACCUAAUGCGACAUCUAAUUUGUGACCGGAAACGAAGAUUUGGUCGAAAUGGAAUAGAUGAGUUGAAGGGCCAUGCUUUUUUUAAUGGCAUAGAUUGGGAACACAUUCAUGAACAAAAUCCUCCGUACAUUCCCGAAGUCACCAGUCCAGACGACACUUCCAAUUUUGAUAUUGAACAAUCUUCUCGAAAUCACGAAGGGCCACCACUGGGACCGAUUUUUCGAGGAUGUCAGGUUGCAUGUAUUGGAUUUACAUUCACGAACAACUCACCACUGAAUGAAUUAGGUCCUACACAUUAUAGAAUGACAUCAAAAGAUAAAUCGGAAUGUCCUGAGGAAAUUUCUAAACCUAAAAGUUCUGAUGCACAUGUUUUAAAUGAUAUUAAUCUACCAUCUGAUCAUAGUGAAAUAUUAAACCCCUCAAAUGCAUCGAAGUACAGUAGUGAGACACAUGAACCAGCUCUGAUUGAAGUAAUUGAAGGUUUGAGGACAAAAUGCGAAAAUUAUGAAAUGCAAAUAACGGAAUUAAAAGGCACGUUGUCGUGUUAUCGGGAAUCCAAGGGUGAUCAAGUAUCUGUAAAGUCGGAGUCGGACCCCACAACAAUUAAUUUGGAAAAGCAAGAUGUAUCAUCAGGUGAUACUUCAACCGUUAAUACCACGACACGACAAGUCGAAAUUUUGUCUCAGAAACUUAAAGAAUCAGAAGCCCAGAAUCAACUGAUUUCAGCCACUGUAGAUCUGCUUAGAAAUGAACUCUCAGAACAACAUGAGUUACGAGAAAAGUUACAGUCUGAAGUACGGGCAUUCGAAGAAGAAAAUGAAACACUAUGUAAGCGUGCCGCAGAUGCUCAGUUAGCUAUCAGAUUGUUGGAGUCAGAGCAUAGUGAGUUGUUAUCUGAGUUAGCUCGAUUACGUGGAGAAUUGGCUUCACAUCGUGAAUAUGAUAAUCAUACUGUAUUGAAUGAUGUACGUGAUUUACUGCAUAAAAAUGAAUCUAGAAGCCUAGAAAACGGGAUAAAAUGUCACAAUAUCUCCAUAUCAUCGUCUUCUUCGUCAUCAUCAACCAAUCUAGUCAAUGGAACACAACAUUCACAUAUUAACAACCAUUCAUCAGAUUCUGAUCUACGGGAACGUUUGUAUGAAAGUGAAACCAAGCUAAAACGGGUCAUGGAAAACCUAAUAGCAAUGAGACAUGAAGCACAAAGCUUGAAAUUAGGCUGGGAGUCAGAACAAAAAGAAUGGAUGAAAGAACGUGAGUUGUUAGAAGAGAAGAUUAAGAUAGCCGUUAAUCAAAAGACUAUUGCGUUAGAAGAUGAGUUGACCACACUUAAAGAGAAUAAUGCUGAGCUUGAAAAUAAUAUAGCUAAUUGGGAACGCCAUUUAUUCGAGUUAAAUCAGUGGGUUGAUGAUGAACGUGAAGCUAAAGAAAAACUGCAUAAUUUCACAAUGCGUUUAGUGUCUGAAUUGGAUACACUUCGUGCUUCAGGUUUGGUACAAGAUUAUAAUCAGAAUGGUGUGUGCCCGAAUGGUUAUCAAUCAUCAUGGCGUCCAAACGAUGUGAAUUCUUUAGCUUAUGACAGUCCUGCACAAAGUGUUAUUGUUGAGAACACACUGGACUGGCGUCAACGUAAAUCUACGAAGUUAAAUAAAAUGGAAAGAUGGAGUCAUGAGGUAGCUUUAAAUAAUGAAGUAAAAGCGAGGGAACAAGCAGAACUCCGUCUGCAAGAAGUUGAGGUUCGUUUGAAAGAGAUGUAUGAUCAGACUAAUCAAAAAGAUUUGAAAAUUAAGGAACAAGAUCGUAUUAUUGAACAUCUCAAUGCUCAAUUACUUGAAGCCUCCAACCAGGCACGUUUAUGUCGUAUGAAUAAUGACACCGUCAACGAUGCAGUCAAUUUUAUGCCGAAAGCAACUUCGGAAAAGAACGCAAUGGAUAACAGACGAUCUCUCCCUUCACUUGAUAUUAAUAGCCCAUAUACAUCAACACCAGGACAAAACUCUUGGACUACUUUAGAUGCUUCUGGAGCGUCUCAAACAUCUACUUCGACACACAAAUUUACUUUCGUCACGUUUUUACAACCAACAAAAUGUCACGUUUGUGGCAGUUUGAUACUAGGUCAGAAGUGGCAAGGCGUUCAAUGUCAAGAUUGUCAAUUAAAGUGCCAUCAUCGGUGUCGCAUGUCUGUACAUAUUGUUUGUGCUGCGCCUAAUUCGAAUUGUAUUGAUGGUUCACAUGGUUUUGGUGCUGAUUUUGAAAGUGAUGUAAAGAUGCCCAAACUAGGUGGAAUCAAACGUGGAUGGAUGAAAUAUCGUGUGUUUUUAUCUGAUAAGCGCUUAUUCUUUUACGAUAUUGUUUCGGAAUCGUCAAAUAUUGCAGCUUUAAACGGAAGUGGCAAUUCGUUAUCUCCAACUUUUCAAAAUUUCCAUUUAUCAAAUAGUCAUAAUGUUUCUUUGAGUUCAUUAAAUACGUCCACAAAUCCCAUGUUCCAGUCGAACAGUCCAAGUCGAAUUGUAGAUUUACGUAGUUCUGGUUUUUCUGUAUCUUAUGUAACCGCAUCUGAUGUAAUCCAUGCAAAGCAGCAAGAUAUCCCAAAAAUAUUGAAGGUUGUUGUGGAUGAUUAUCUUCCGAGCGCUCCAUUAUUUCUCUUAUUUGAAAGCUCUGCACUCUGUGAAUGUUGGUUUAAACUAAUUCAAGAUGUAUUAAAAUUACUACAACGUCAUAUUAAUAGUGGUAGUGAAUUGCAGUGUUUACAAGUGCGUGAUAUUUCUGUCUCUUCUGUAUCCGUCAUAUUGAAACAAAUUAAUUGUGCUUCAGUUUUAGAUGAAUACCGAUUCUUGGCUGGGACGGAUGAAGGACUCUAUAUUGUUGAUAUUAGGCAAAAUAUAAAUACACGUAUAGGUGCACGUAAACCAGUUUAUCAAGUUGAAGCAUUAGCUGAAGAACUUCAAUUAGCUGUUGCUAUACAAGGUAAACAACGAUUCUUAAAAUUAAUACUGGUUGGAUCAUUUGAAGGAAUGAAUUUAAAACCAAUCAAAAUUACUGAACCAAAAUUAUGUACUCGAUUCACUUGUUCAAUGAGUCGAAACAAUACAGUUUGUUUAAUUUGUGUGGCCAGUAAUCGUUCACUGUUCAUUUUUGAAAUUGCACGUGUACAAGGAAGACAUAAACGUUUAAAAGAAAUUUCAUGUCCGUAUAUUGUUCAAUCUAUCAAUUUUGUUCGAGAUGGUGAUUGGAUAUGUGUUGGAUCAUCAAAUUAUUUUGCUAUGUUUAGCAUAUGGACCGAUGGACCCGCUCAAGUUUUAUUACGUGGAGACCUCAUUGACCUUGACUCUAGCCUGGCAUUCUUCCAACACUCACCGUCAGAAGCUCAUUGUGCUGUUCAAUUGGGAGAUGAUGAGUUUUUGUUAGCAUUCGAAAAUUGUGGAGUCUAUAUGAAUAGCAAUCGUAAAAAAACACGACCAGAUAAUCUUAUGUGGCCUGCCAAACUUAUUUCUGGUACUGCUGUUAGCUUUUCCUAUCCAUAUUUAUAUGUAUUUACGGAGGCUGGUUUAGUUGUUUUUAAUGCUAUCACUAGUUGCUGGGUAUCAACACUUAGCUCUUGUCGUGUUCAACCUUUAAGUAUGGAUGCACAUUUAUGUCUUGCACACCUAUCAUCAUCGUCUAUUUCAAACUCGUCGUCUCGUAAAUCAGCAGUUGGUGGUAUCAUGGAUUCUUCUACCGGUAAUGUUGCUACACCUUCCCCACCAUACAUUUCUCCAAGCGAUUUAGUUUCUGGUCAACAACAGCAGCAACUGGUACGGUUGAUCCACUUACCUCAGAUAUCCGAUAACAAAGAAAUGUCGAAACAACAAGUGUCGGCGUUACGAAGUAGGCGAUUACAAAUGCCUCAGUCUAGUAUCUUUGGUGUUACGGGGCGCGUGCGUAAAUCUAGUCGUUUCAAUUUGUACUCUCUUGUGGAAGACAGUUUAUCGAGUACUACUCAUGGGGUUAGUCCUGAAAGAUUAAGAAAUUUCCGUUCUCAAUCACAAAAUCGAACUCCACAACCAUCUGUGCAAUCAACCGUACCAUUAAAUCCAACAAGUGGGACUUCUCGUAUAUCACACCUUAUUUCAGGUCCCUCAGACUUUCGUCACAUUUCGCACAUGGGACCUCAAAUAACAGGUGCACCUCUUUUAGAUCUCACUUCUAGCCCAGGGGAACCACCUCUCACAGAGGCUGAACGAAUUGCAAGAUUCAAGUCUGUAUUGGAAGAAAAAUGUGGUAACGGUAACCGAAGAGGUUCUUCACCUAAUAAUAUCCCCAAUGUUUUACUCCACCUUCCUUUUUCCGACUCAAACAAUUCACCAGAUGGUUUUCAUCAUAAUGCUUCAUUGACUCAAAUGUCGACGAUAACAAAAUCUCAAUCUGAUUUGUCUACACAUAUAAAUUAAUGUCUGUAAGGUAGUUGUUUUGAUUGUUUAUUUUUCCGAUGAUUCAUUGUACUUUUGAUUGAUGAAUUAUUGAUUUUCUAUCCAUUAUAUACCCUUGUGUUAUAUGAAGAAAGAAUUCCAGUAUUGUUGAUUCCUUCAUGACAAGAGAAUGUCUAUCUGCUACCACAUACAUUCACACACACGCACUAUAUAUAUAUGCGUGUUUAGCUGCAUUUAUUUCUAUUUUUUUACCUAUCUUAUGCAAUGAUAAUAGCAGACCUACACUUAAUUGCCACUCGCACUAUUCACAGCCUGAAGUAAAAUUAAAGCCCUAGCGGUUGAGCGAUCUCAUUAUUGGAAGCCAAAGCACAGAUUUUUGGCUUCUUAAACUUCUGAAAAUACUUUCAUUUGAUAUUCGCAUUUCUACAUUAGAUCUUUUUUUGUAAAAUUAAUUUCAGUAACCUAAUUUUUUUAUUAUUCGUAUUUGUGCAUCAGCCUAUUUUUCGGUGUGUUUUUUUCAUAAACUUUCAUUUACAACAAAAGUCCCUAUAAGAUAUUUCUCAUUGAAAACAUUUAAUUAUCUGUGAAAUAAAUUAACCACGAUUGGUAAAUUAGUUUACAUAAUAUCCUGAAAUUAUUUCAUUUCUUCCUUGUUCAACAACUUAUACGCUAUUCUAAAUAGCACUUUACAAUCAAAAGGAUUUUAGUAUACCUAGAAAGAAAGAACUAUAUUUUUUAUCAUAGUAAGUUGUGGAAUUGACUUGUAAGCUUAUGAACUGCUCAACCUAUGCAACUGAAAAUCUGAGAUACAUUCAGAACUCUUCACUGAAUGGCCAAGAAAUCCCAAUUUCAUAAAUCUAACCAUACUAUUUAUUCGUUUCUAAAUAUCAACCAGAUAGUUAAGGCUUAUGUUUUUAAAUACAAAAAAGUGAAUUCACCAUUAAUAUUUUGAUGACAAUACUGCUUCACACAUUUAUAUGAAUACUUGGUUUGCAUACAUGUUUGUUUAGUUUUGUUUUCAUAAAGUGUGUAAAUAUACGUAAUUAUAGUUUGUCUUUUUUUAAGCGUCUAAUCCGCAUCAAUAGAAUUGUAACCUCUUUUUCGACACAUUUAUAACUUUAUCUUAACGUUUUUAGUUGUAUUUUUUUAAAAGCUAAUAAGUAGUGUUUGUGUUCAUUUCCAAUGUAUCAUGUAGUUGACAAAAUUUUCUCGUUGUUUAUUUAUUUAUUUUGGAAUGAUCAUAAACAUCAGAAUAAAUAUUAUGAUUUCUGACGUGAUUGUUUUCUAAUGUCACUCUGUCAUAAUUAAUAAUAAUAUAUUUUACAAGAGAUACUGAACUUGAUUUUUAUGAUAAAUCGAUAUUUGGUGAUAUCCGUUUAAGAUCAGUUAAGUUAUGUUAUGAAACACAAUGCAUAUUUGUUGAUCUCUUAAUUAUUGGUGUUGUGUUAGUUAUACUUUUAUUUCAAAUUAAAAUGCUUGUACAAUUUUCUUCUAAAAUUAUAUAUACUACCCACAUUCCGAUUUAUCUGUAUUAUCAGACAAUAGUUUAUUUGUUUAUUUAGUUAUUCUUGUUAAUUUUAUAUAGCUUUCAUAGAUAAUCAUAUACUUCCAUAUCUAAGUAAUUGAAUUAAGUAGUGCGCAGAAAUUCUUAUUUUUCAUAUUAGUUUCCUUUUAUCAACGAUUCUAUGACUAGAUAUAAAACAUAUACUCUACUUCGACUUAUUAUUUCAUCGAUGUUAAUUUGUAUCUGAUCUUUCUGUGCUUACGUUUGUUCAGUGAAUAGUCGAAAGUCACUCAGCUUCGCUUGAAUCUCUAAAGGUUUGUCUUCUACUUCACUAAUAGUUCGUUGUAUAAUAAAUACGAUUACUCUUUUCUUCAGGUUUGUUGCGAGUAUUUAUUGAGCUAAAAAAAAGUAUGUUACGUUAAUUUAUCUACCAAUAUUUGGUGAAACUAAUAGUUCCACUGAGUUCAUUCUCUAUAGGUGAACUAGGAUAAAUAUAUCAUGAAUAAGUGUACAUUGUAUGUAACUGAUAUGUUUUUGCUCUAUCUGUUUCACUGAUUGAAAACAGUAUGAAAUAAAUUAUAACAAUUUGCACUACCGUCAGAAUAAAGGAUAAUAUCAUUUUACUUAUGUAUAUUGUAAACCUGCUUAAGUUGUAGUGAUUAAUUAUCCCAGAUAUCAUUUCAAACGAGAUGGAAUAAAAAGGACUUGGCAGGGAUUCACUCAUAUAUAUAUAUAU